UGAAACCAAACCAUCGUGUAAAUGUCUUUGACUGGGAAGAGCCUAUCCCGAUUUAAACUUAACGGGCACGUCAUAGAUGGCUUUAAUCGUGUGAAUCUUCUUAAAGCUGACCCUCCACACUAAUGACGAUGAUGGGCCACCCAGAAGAAGAGGCACCGUGGCCACUGGGGAAGAAGAGCCGAGGGGAAAAGCGUGUGACCUUUCCUCCAGAUGAGGAGAUGGUGUUGGCCUUCUCAGAGAACAGGAAACCGGGACAGGCCGGUAACAGUCUAACCUUGACAGAAAUCAUUUUGGCCUACAAGCAGAGCUGCAUCAAGCAUGAGGUGAAACCCAAUCCAAAGACACUGGACCAAAUACAGAAAAUUACCUCUCUGAAUAAUAGAGCCAAGUGUCUUGAUCUGAAGGGUAUUCAUUUAGAUUACGGUUCCUGUGAAUCUCUUGAAGAGAUUCUGAAAUCUGUCCAAUUUAAUCUGAUCAACCUGCAGGGGGCAGAGCUGGACGAAAAUGGAGCGACAUCACUGAUGGAUAUGAUUUUGUACUACAAAUCCGCCACACACCUGGACGUUUCCUCCAACACAAGUAUGGGAGUCUCUGGCUGGCAGGCCCUCUCCUAUUUGCUGAAACAGGUGGAGAACAGACAGCUGAGCCAUGGAAAUGUGCUUUGGUUUUAG